AUGGCGGAGACUAGUACGACUCCCGAAGGUACGUUUGAGCUUCUGCUUCCCCGAUCUGUGUUGCUGCAGCCUGUUUUCUGGUCAUGGAUUUGAUUCUAUAGGUUCAUUGAAAUCCCCAUAUUUAGCUGAUAAUUCAAUAUUGAUUGUCAAAAAAAUAAAUAUUUCCUUAUAAAGGGAAACGUACUAAUUGAGAUUUUUUCAAAGUUUUAGCGUGGGUUGAUAGUUUUUCUACUCACGCACACCAUUUAUGUGAAGUGUCCACACCAAAUUUCAACAGUCAACUUUCGUGGAUUAGUGUUUGGACGUUUCUCGUAUUUAUUAGCAUCUAGAUAAUCGUCAAGGAGAACCCUCAGAGUGAUAAAGUGAUUUACUUUCAAGAAAAGCCUUUCCAUCGAUCAUUAUGAAAACAAUCUCAACGUUCUUUUGCAGCGAAGAGCUCGUGGCCAGAACUCGUCGGAAAAGAGGGUAAAACCGCCGCAGCGAUAAUCGAGAAGGAGAACCCUCUCGUUCAUGCCAUUGUAGUGAAGGUGGGGACAGCAGUUACAGACGACUUAAGAACUGACAGGGUGCGGGUGUGGGUUGAUGACUGCGGCAUCGUUGCAGAAACACCAAAGAUCGGCUAG